CAUCUUCGGCUCCGUCAAUCCCACACCCACCUGCGCUGCCCUGGUCUCUUCUCAUCCUCGUCGGCCGGGCACACCAAGCCCACCUCUGUCUCUGGCAGACAUUAAUAAUAAUUAUAAAAAAAAAAAAAAGAAAAAAAAAAGAAAAAUCACACCGAGAAAAAUGGAGCACAGUGGGCAGCCAGGAGUGUGUCCAGAUCUCUGAUGGAGCCCUUCUUCUGGGGACGGAUCUUCACCGGGCUCGCGUAUAGUAAAACCUGAGCUUGCGGACGAGCAUCCAUCUCUUGUCUCAUGCCCGAUCCCCCCAUCUGUAUGGCUGCACCACAUCGUCAACACGCUCACACUCGCUCCCUCUCAAUCCUCUUGUCUGGGGGGGAGGGGGGAGGAGGGGAGCAAAAGGCAGAGUAAGGAAACACAGACACAUGGAUUGCCCCUCACUGGCUGCUGUCCACCCAUGCAUAUAUUCCUGUCGUACCAGCGCUUCCCUGGUCGACGACCGCUGUCCACGCAAAUCAGAGCAGAGAGGUACCCUUGCCAGGGACCUUCCCGUUAUUUUAUGCACUUCGCCUUCGCGAUCUUACUUCCGCUGCUUUCUCCGUUUUUCCCGACGAUCCUCCCUCUCUGCCAUUGACCCAGCAAGGCUUGUGCUGAUCUGCUCCUCAGCUCUUCGUAGCUCCCGCUGCAGACUGCUGCUUGCUUGCUUGCUCGGCUGAUUUCUCCCUGCAACAAAAAUAGGAGAAACCCUCCGUAAAACAACCAUUCGAAAGCGCUGUAUCAUAUUGCCCGUGCCCGUUUCUCCCUUUCCCUCCCUCUCUAUCUGCCUGUUUUAUUCUCCGAAUCCCGCCGUGCUGGCAAAUUUGGUUUGCCCGUCCUUAUAACCUGCGUUUUCCCCCUCCUCCACGCGAGAGACGUGCGAACACACCAUCCUCGCUUCCCACCCUUGCUCUGCUUGAUUGCUUUACUAUUGCUUUAUGCCUGCUUUGGUCGAGCUGCUC